AUGGCUGACUUCGAGCGCUGGAAAGCGCAGCGCCUGUCGCGCGCGGACGGGAGCCGCAAGGGCAGCGUGGAUGAGCCCAUCGAGGGCCUGGUGCGGCUCCUCAACGGCCGCGAGGGCUUCUGCACCACCAGCUCGUGCUCGGGGCGCGUGGUCGUCCUGGAGCAGCCUCCGCAGCCCCGCCCCCCUCCGCGCGGCCAGGCUACCACAGGAUUUGAAGUACAGAAGCAAAAUUGUACUUGGCUCAUGGUGACCCAUCAAAUUUGUACAAUAGAAGAUGUGCUUACAGCAUUGCAGAAAGCUAAAGAGGAUGCCGUAUUCAAAUUUGAACCAUUUGUACUUCAUGUGCAGUGUCGAGAACUGCAAGAUGCCCAACUUCUGCACACAGUGGCUAUAGAAGCUGGGUUCAGGAACUCUGGUAUAACUGUUGGCCGAAAAGGAAAGAUCAUAAUGGCUGUGCGGAGCACCCAUUGCUUGGAAGUGCCACUAAGCCAGAAAGGAAAGCUGAUGGUCAGUGAAGAAUAUGUUGAUUUUGUUGUCCGAGUUGCUAAUCAAAAGAUGGAAGAAAACAGGAGAAGAAUUGACAGAUUUUACAGCUCUCUACAGAUUGCAUUGGAAAACAAAGAUCAAUCCAGUAGUUUGCUUUUUGAGGAAAAAGAAAAAAGCAAUGCUAUGGACUCUUACAGAAGAAAAGGCAAAGCUAAAGGAACCGCAAAUAAAGACAGAUGUCUUUCUCCCGGGAAACACCCAGGAUUUGAAAGUGACAAUGAGACACAAAGCAAUAUUAAUGUGUUGCAAGAAGCAUAGUACAAAGUAGGCAUAACUGUAUUGUGUUAGUAUGUUUUAUUUUGUACUGCUCUUUGUAAGAGCUUAGGGUCUUAUUAUGCUUUAGAAAGUAGCAUAUUCUUACUACAUCUGUGGUUAUUAAGUUAUGGCCAAAGGUAUUCUUAAUAAUCUUAUUUUAUUAAGUUACAGACAAAGUCAUGAAGUGCCACAAUUGUAAGUGAACAUAAAAAAUCUCAUGGAUUUUAAAUAAAACACUGGAAGUAGCUUAUUUAGACUCUGAUCUUUAAUACAGAAUAUGCAAUAUUCAAACUGCAUCUAAGAUUUCAUCACAAUAAAGCACUGUGUUGCCCUGUAUUCGCUUAGCUGUCUGAGCACAUUUGUUUAAAGACUGAAUAGUUAUCUGAAAACGUUGAACACACUUCUUCCACUUAAAAUUACUUUCUUUUUUACUUCACCUAGGAGGGAUAAUUGAGACCAUAAGAGCCUUUCUCAAACCAAAGCUUUUGAAUAUUUGGCAGAGGCAGAAAGGCAUGAAACAAAUUCGUAUUUGAGUGAACUACUGAAACACAGUUGUAAGAUGUAUUAACCUUUACCACUGUCCAUAGUCAUUUGAAGUCCUUUUACUUUUUCCUUUAAGAACAAAAUGAACAAAACCCUUCUUUAAAACAGAUGGCUAUGUUACAAAUUAUAGACAAUACAUUUUCUUGUUAGUGGGGUAAUUAGGAUAUUAUAACUUAUAAAGCCCUAAACGGUUCUGGCCCAAUCUACUUGUCCGAACGUAUCUCCUCCUAUGAGCCAGGAAGAUCCCUAAGGUCAUCUGGCGAGGCCCUGCUCUCGGUCCUGCCUGCCUCACAAGCGCGGCUGGUGGGUACGAGGGACAGGGCCUUCUCGGUGGUGGCUCCCUGUCUGUGGAACACCCUCCCCAGAGAAAUACGGCAAGCCCCAACCCUUUUGAGUUUUAGAAAAGCCCUGAAAACAUGGCUAUGUGCCUAGGCUUUUGAAGAUUAAAUGAUAAAGACGACCCGGACUAAUUUACGGCUACAGCACGAGGAUUUUGGAUGAAUGGAUUUUAAUCAUAUGUUUUAUAUUGUUUUAAUUGGAUUUUCAUUGCUGUUUUAAUUAUGUGUAGGCAUCAAAUUGUUGCCAAUUUUGUACACCGCCCUGAGUCCCUUCGGGUGAGAAGGGCGGGAUAUAAAUGUUGGAAAUAAAUAAUUAAAUAAAUAACUUUCUCUCA